CCAAAAUCAUGUCUUGCAUCAUUCGAAGCGAUUGCUGAAAGAUGAAACAUGAUGGCCGUUCACGAGCGGAGACCGUGCUGUCCGAAUCGGUCGUCGAAACGGGACAUGAUUGUAUAUAUCACUUCGACCAUGGCAUAAACAUAUCGCGAUACUCACCAAUUUGGCCGCAAUAGCGCAUUUCCUUCCAAUUUCACUUGCAUUUCCUUCUUUCAACACUUACUGAAUAAUUAUCCAUUUGCGCGAAAAUGGUCCAAGUCGCAAUCUGUGGUGGAGGCUUGGCUGGUGCCACGCUUGCGCUCAGUCUUCAGAAGCAUGGGAUCAGUUGCGUGAUCUACGAUCGGGAAGCAAAAGACUUUGCCGCAGGCGGCAAUAUCGCCCUCUCUCCUAAUGCUCUUCGAGUACUCGACCACGCCGGUGUCUAUGACCAAGUUCGCAACAUUGGCUAUGCGUUUGAGACCGUGGCCUUCACCAACGGCCAAGGCGUCGAGCUUGCCCGGGUUUACAACGGCAGUUACAAGAUCUAUAACUUCCCUGCUCUGCGAAUCCAGCGCUCGGAGCUGCGCGACGCACUGAUAAAACAGUGCCGCCGCGUCGGGGUUGAGAUCUACUAUGAGAAGAAAUGCGUCGGCGUUACGAGCGAGGACGACUCCAGCGCAACCAUCGAGUUCGAGGACGGAGAAACCGUUACGGCGGACUACGUUGUUGGUUGCGACGGCAUCCACUCCAAGGUCCGCCCCUUCGUCCGGCCACACGCGAAGCCCGAGUUUCAGGGCCUGACCGGAAUCUCCGGUACGUUCGAGAUGAGCGACCUCGCCGAUGUGGACCUGCAAGGGCUGCAUCUGCCGUGUUUCCUGUUCGGUGCCACCGGCUCCUUCGCAAUCAUGCCUGCAUCGAGCGCCGGUAAGAGCAUCAGCUACUUCGCCACAUUUGAGACGGAGGAAAAGUCCAAGGAAGAAUGGGUUGCGUUCGAUGCGGACAAGGCCACUCUUUCCAAGAUGGUGAAAGAGCGGUUUUUGACGAGCAGUUCACGAUGGCCCCCAAUCGUGAAGGCGCUGUGCGAGCGUGCCGCUCCGGAAUCUCUGACCAACUGGCCGUUUUACCAAGUUUCCCCUGGAACCAACUGGACUUCUCCAUUGAAGCGCGUCAUCGUAAUUGGUGAUGCUGCCCACGCAAUGCCGCCAUCGGGCGGUCAAGGUGGCGCAACCUCGCUCGAGGAUGCGGAGACACUUGGAUACCUCUUCUCCCGUCUUUAUGAUUCGAGUUUCGACCAGGAACUUCGUGACCAGACGGUUCGGAGCUGGGAGCAGCACCGAAUCACACGUCUCCAGAAGAUCCAAGACUUCAAUACGAAGAAUGGAAACCUUCGGAAGACCAGCAAAUCGGUUAUCCAACAGUCCAUCAAGGAAUGGGUGAUCUGGGCGCUGUUGAAGUGGAUGGGGCCGACCAUGAAUUCUCAAUGGAUUUAUGGAUAUAAUGCUGAGUCCGUAUUGGCUGAGUUGUGGUAAUUUCUAUUGUCAUCCAAUAAAGGAUUGUGAUCCUGGGAUGGACGGUGUCGCAGAACGCGAGAUAGCGGAAGUACUGUACUUAGUAAUCUCCAAUCUUUGUUGUUUUGGUAUAUAGGUGCCUUUUAGUGGUGGACCUUCGAUGUAUUUGGGUUAACCGAGCGAUAGUGCAAGAGGCGUACAAAGGAGUUCUGUC